AUGCUAAGUCAAAUGAAUUUGAGUUCACUCAAAAAUCAAAUAUCAGAUGUCAAAAAGUCAAACAUAGACAUACAGAAACAAAUAAGUGAAAACGAAAAGAAACUAGAAUAUGACAGACACACAAAGAAACUCAAUGAGUUAAACGUAGAGAAAAAGAAGAAAGAAGAACAACUGAAAGAACUAAGUACAGAGGAAUAUGCGAAAAAAGUGUCAGAAAAAGCAGCAGAAGUAGCAAAAAUGGAACAAGAUGUCAUAAAUUUGAAAAACCAUACUACUCAAUAUAAAGUACUGAAAGAUGAAGAGAUAAAACAAAAAGCCCUGAAGACAUAUAUGGAUAGCGAUGAGUAUAAAAAAGAAGUUGAAGCAAAUGUAAAGGCAGAAAAACUUUUACAGUUGCAAAACCAAACCGUACAGUAUGAAAACUUAGCACAAGAAAGUAAAAAUAACGACGCAGCCAUGCAAAAGGCAAUGAAAAGCGCAGAAUAUAUAAAAGCUAACAAUGACUGGUUAGAUGCCCAAGCCAACGCUAAAGCAGCCCAGCUUAUAGGGUCAAUAAGGACAAAAAUACAAGCGGAUGAAGACAGUUCAAAUGAAGCUUUAACGAAUGCUGACUUUAAGAACGCCUUCGAAGCUCUUCAUAGUAAGGUGAAACAAGUGAACGACUUCUCAUCUGGAAAGAAACUGAAGUCUGAAGGUUUCGACAAAGAGUUAAAAGAAGUAGCACAAAAUAUGACGAAAAUAACAGAUGCAGCAACGAGACAGGCAGUUCAAAGUGCCUAUGACGCCGUUAGAGCAACUGUUGUAGAAAGUCAAGAAAAAGAGUUACAACAGACCAAAACAGACCUAGUAAAUGCUUUCUUAAGAACGAAAAGUCAGGUAGGACAUUACGCUGCAGAUGGAACAUAUGUGCAGCUGGUGGAACUUAUAUACCAGCUGGUGGAACUUAUAUACUAG